AUGGGAGAGGAUAAAAAACGAGAUAAAACGCGACAUAAAAAGCGGGAAACAAAACCUCUUCCUAUCGUAUAUGAGGAUGAGGAUGAACGUAGACGUGAACGUGAACGAAGUGCUAAAAGAAGUGAAACUGGGACAUCAUCGCAUCACCACAGUUCUCAUGCUUCAUCAAGAAGAACACAAGAUCCUUCUGAAGGAUCCACAACGAGAAGAUCAGAAUCUCAAAAUGGAACACCCCUUUCUAGAUCUGCUCUUCAUUCUUACAAAGAUCCGAACACCGCUAAGUCUGAGGUUGCCAGUAUUGCGAGCAUUAGUUCAAGAGGCCAUAAGAGCGGCACUGUCGUGGCCGCAGACGCAGCUUGGGAGAAUAGGCAUAGCAACAAAGAUUAUCGGGCUGAAAGCGACGCAGACGUUGAAAGGGCGCGACAAAAUUGGGAGAAAACACUAGGAUCGCACAGUCAAGCAGAGAGGAGUAAGAAAAUCUCUGAUUACGCUAAUAAAAUGACGGAGUAUGUGCCGCAAGAUCGCUUGGCGGCGGCUGCUGCAGACAUAGAUCAAUCCAGGGCUGCAACUGCGAAGAGACAGGACCCACUACACACAAGGGAGUCGCGGGAUGGCAGGCACCACACCAGAUCGAGAAGUGAGGCUACUAGCAGUAGACGCUUCCAUUCGACAGCACCCCGCGAAAGAACAUCAUCCCGAACUCACGAAUCCAUAACAAAAAUUACUUUCGAAGGCGAUGCUAAUUUAACAAUCCAUGAUCAUGACGACGGCACUACAACUCGCAUUAUAUCUAGGACUAGUGGAAGAAAACAUCAUGCGCCUCAGCCACCUAGCUUCUCAUCUCACUCUGGCGAUACCACAAGAUACCACCAUGCCCCCGCCCCGCCCCCCCAACCAUUGAAAGUUCCACGAAUUCAAGAAUUGGGGUCCGUAACAGCAUCUUCGUAUGGCUCAUCUUCGUAUGGCUCAUCUUCGCGUGAUUCUGAGAUUACCGCAAGACCGUCACGUUCCGGCAGCGGGUUGCCCAAACCUUUACCAAUUAAACCUUGUGAUUGGGACGUUAAAACUGUGAAUACAUCCGAAGCUGCAAGCUUCAUGGGAAGCCAUUCUGUUGCACGCGGUGCAUACAUUGAACCUACUUCGUCGUUUUAUGAGACAGAGACAAGGAGGCCUUCAUGGGUAGCGCCAUCAGUGGUAAGUUCCAGUAGUAGGCCAGUACCACCCCCGAGUAGUUAUCCUUUAGUGGUUCGGAGCAGAGGUGGUGAUAGCCGUUAUACUGAUAGUGUCUGGUAG